AUGCCGACACAGCCACCACUCCAGCCGCAGCUGCGGCAUUGUGCGCCAUUCGGCGGCCGACGGUAUCUGACCGCGCUGCGCUCGCAGCUGCAAAGACACCGCCGCAAAUGCCGCCGGACCCGCAUCCGGAAGAGCCAGGAUUCCAGCUGCCGUCGAUGCUCCAUCGCCCGCAACAAGCGUGCGAUGCUGCGUCACUGCGCCAAGAGGCGCAGCAACCUCGACCUGGGUAUUGCUCGGGUCCGCAACGCCCACGGGGCGAAUGCGAUUGCCUGGCCCUAUCGCCAAACGGCUCUGCUCCUCCUCUUGUCUGGCAGCAAACGCAAGCUGCGGCACAGGCCGCGUUGGCGCAGAGGAGGCGGCAAGCCUCAACGCGCCUACCCGUGGCAUGCCGCCGGAUCGGGCCACGACUAA